CAGCGGCGGGCGCAGGUUGCGGCGGGCCGCUUUGAGGCGGGCACAGCGCGGCGCGGCGCGGCGAGCCGCCGGGGCGGCAUGAGGGAGCUGGCUGCCGGCCUGAAGAUGGAGGGCGACAUCUUGGACGCGCUGGAGGCCCUGGGGUACACAGGUCCCCUAUUGGAGGAGGAAGCCCUGAACAAAGCAGUGGAAAAUGGAUUGUCUUCACCAGAGUUUUUUGACCUUUGCGUUUGGUUAGGUUCCCAAAUAAAGCCACUUUGUAACAUGGAAGAAAGCAUCACACCAACAGAUGGUGAUAAAGAUAUAGAGAGCUUCCAGCUUGAGAUUAGUGGCUUUCUGAGAGAAAUGGCUUGUCCGUAUUCAUCACUUAUAUCUGGAGACCUAAAGGACAGAUUAAAAGAGAAAGAAGAUUGUCUUAAACUCCUCUUAUUUCUAAGUACAGAACUCCAAGCUUUGAAGAUAUUGCACAGCAAGAAAAGUAAAGGCUCUCAUUUGGAAAAGCACAAUGAAAUUUAUCAGGAAGUACAAGCUAUUUGUGAUGCACUGGGCCUGCCAAACUCAUCAUCUGAUAUUCCUCCUUUGUUAACCAAUGUGGAACAAAAGAUAAAGGACGUUCUCUCAAAAGUUCAAAAAAACCAUGUGGGGAAAUCGCUGCUAACAAAACCUCUGAAUUCUGAUCAAGUGGAAAGAUUGGAAAAAAUCAAUGAUGCUCUUCGCAGUGAGUACGAAUGUCGCCGUCGUAUGUUAAUGAAGAGGCUAGAUGUGACAGUGCAGUCUUUUGGCUGGUCUGAUAGAGCGAAGGUGAAGACAGAUGACAUAGCACGCAUCUAUCAGCCCAAGCGCUACGCAUUAUCUCCAAAGUCAACUAUAACAUUAGCUCACCUUCUUGCUGCUCGAGAGGAUUUAUCAAAGAUCAUAAGAACAAGUAGUGGAUCAACAAGGGAAAAUACAGUCUGUGCAAUCAACAAGGUUCUUAUGGGGAGAGUACCUGAUCGUGGAGGCAGACCAACAGAGAUUGAACCACCUCCUCCUGAAAUGCCUCCUUGGCAGAAAAGACAAGAAGGUGGUGGAAGAGGUGGCUGGGGAGGGGAGGUUAUGGUGGCAGGGGUGGUUAUGGAGAUCCAUAUGGUGGAAGAGGAGGUGGAGGAUACCGGCGAUACUAAAACUAAAUAAAUAAAAAAAAAACCAACUGUAAAUACUAAGAGUAACUGGCAAAAUAUAGUGGUGGUGUUUACUGGUAAUCAGGAAUUUAGCUAUGGUACCUUUGGUUUAGGUUAGAUUUAAGUAUGACCAUAUGAAUCAUUGCAUUAGACCAACUGAUGUUGUCAUUGAAUUCUUUUAGUUAACUGAACAGAAGUUUUAUACUAAAAUAUUAUGACUAGAAUCCUUGUUUUUCGUACUGGUCAUGUUUUUUUAUUAUGUCCUCUUAUUUAAAAUAAGCCUCAGAAAACUGAAUAAAAACCUUUUUAAAGAAAAAAAAAUUUUUGAUGUUCAGGCCUCUCUAAUUAUUGCAUGUUGCAUUUCCAUUCCCCUGCUCCUAAAACUGUAUAGAAGGGAGAGAGAGGAGAGGAGAAAACAAACAAACAAACAAACAAAAAAAAAAAAAAACAGGCCUAAGAACUAGAGGGAAACACUUUUAGAAGAACGCUGCUUUCAGGCUUUUCUCUUCAUCCAGUUUUCUUAUCAGACAUGUAGAAGAAUUUUGAUGUUAAAACCCUUAAGGCUUUGGUCAAAAUUAUUCAGUUAGGUUUCUUAUUCUUCCAAAAAUUCUCAUAAAAAUAAUAUUCUGAAUUACUACUCUACAGAAACUAAUAAAAUUAGGUAGCUUUGUGCGUUCAUAAAUAUAUUAGAGACUAAUCGAAGGUCAGAGUGUGUACCAUAAAAUCAGAAUCAUGGUGACUUUUUUUAAAUGUUUAUUAUCAUUUUACCUGUUUUCCAUUUUAUUGAGGUAUCAUAAAAGUAUUUUAAGAUCAGAUUGAGCUGGAAACUUCUGCAACCAUCAUGCCCCGUGGGAGUUCAUUCCUUUUGCAUCAGCCUUUAAAAAUAAAGGUUGAGCAAAGCUGAGCUUCCUGAGAAAGAACGUGCCAUUUCUUCUUCUUUUCUUUUUUUUUUUUUUUUUUUUCCCUCCUGCUUGAUAAGGUAUCUCAUACAAAAGUUGUUCUUCCCCAUUGAGUUCUCUGGAACAAGUGCAAAUGCAAUUUUCAAAGACUUUUCUUCUCUUAUUCCGCCAAACAAUUGGUCUGGUAACUUAAAAGAAAUUCUGUCUUGAUAUGAUAUGGCUAUCUUCUCCUUCACACACAGUGCUACUCUAGAAGAAGAGCAUCUAGGUGAGGAGUUAGAUUUUGUAUAAUUAUGGCUGUAAAUACAUAUAGGCAAGUUCACAGCUGUCAGUUAAAGAAGGCAAUUUCUGUUGUCCAGUUUCUUGAGAUCUCCCCUGUUAUGAUGCCACCUGUGAGUAGAGGUGGAACAGGGAGACAAUGCCGAUGUGUAUAUUCAUGACAGUAUUUAUCAGGGUCACAUUACUGCAGAGAGAUUCAGGAAGGCAUCUGAUAAACCUGGGCAUGUGUGUUGAUGGCAUAGCACAGAAACCUUCCAGCACUUCCACUGACUAUAUAGCUUAGUCUUAACUGCAGGUUGAACUUUCAAGAUUUGAUUGUGGUUUAUGUUCCACAGUUAUGAGGUGAGUUUGUUUUUUUUUUCUCCACAAAUCUGCUGUUGGUGCCUGUAUUUGGUCUGCUUUCAAGUUGUUACUCUGUCUUCAGGGACACAUGCAUCGUGUCCUCAGUUACAGAAGCAGAUCUGUGCACAAAUCUAAAGCUCUGUUUAAAAUCAUGAUUAUCUAUCACAUCCUUUAAAAGCCUGUGUAAGACGUUAUUAAUUAGUCACCACCAACACGUUCAUUUGAAAUCUUAGUCUAGAUAAACUUGAAAAGUUUCCCUCCUGUAACAUCCCUGUAUGAUUGUUGUUUGUUCGAGUAUGCUGCUUUAUGAUGGGACUGAUAGAGUCUUAUCCAUACUUGGGGUCCCAGCAGGUACCUAACAAAAAAAAGGGCAGGAGUUUUCCUUGCUUGAACACAUUGGCUUGGAUGUAAACUCUCGGUACAAUGAGUUGACUCUGCUGGCUUAACUUCACCACCUACUAGCAGUAUGGUCUCUUUAUCACUUUUUUCUAUGCUUGUUUCUGUUGUCAGUGUCUGCUGUCAUUGCAGAGGUGCUCAUGGGUCAUGUUGGAGCAUAGCACUGGUUUUCUUGCUUUUGAGCUUGAUUUUUGCCUAAUGGUACAUAACAGCUCACAAGUUCAUGACAUUCUGGGUGAGACUACUGGCCUUGGAACUGAGAAGUAUUGGUCAGCAAGGGAGUGGAAAGAGUAAGUUUCAACAAACAAAGCCUUAAGUUUUGUUUCCUCAUCCCAGUGAUGUUAUUUUUGCUACAAGUAAUUUCUGAACAACAGCCAAGCAUUUAGUAACACCAAGGAAAUACAGGUGGUUCGUCUCUGCAUAAAAAUUUCAUCAGUCAAGAUCUGAUGUUGCACUGUUUUUUAGUUGAACUGUUUUAACUGUGUAUGUGGAUGUGCCUUGGUGCUUUUACACUCACCAGUUCAUGUAGUUUGUAACAGGCAGGGCAGUUCAGAAUGAAGUAGACCAUCAAGUAAACCAGCUGUGUGCCCACAUCCAAUUCUAACAGUUAAGUAUUCCAAUAUCAUAGUUCAAUUGUAUUGAUGUAGACCACAUAGAAGACAAGAGUUUAAAUAGGAGGAAGUUUUGUGGGAGUUUUUUUUUUUUUUACUCAGGCCAUUUCAUUUUUUCUUGAAUAAUUCCAAAACGCGAAGGCAGUAGUAGAAAAGUAAAGUAAGCACCACCACAUUUCAUAGAGGUAUCCUUUUCUGUUUUCUUUACUGUCAGAAUGUAUGUUUUUUAAUUUAUCAAAAGAUGCAGUAAUAACGUUAAAAUAAUUGAUUUAAACCUCUUCUCAAAUUUUUGUUUCAGUCCUGACAAAAAGUAUUUUUAAAAAAUUCUGUUGUAAGUAAUUUUUUUCAUAUAUGUUUGUGAAAAUUUUUGUGUUUAUUCAGACUUAGUGAAUGGUUUUGGUUGCUUGAGAAUUGAAAAAAAAAAUUUUGUGUCAGGAUUUGAAAGACUUGUUGACAGCUGUAAACACUGAGGAAUAAAGUACUGUAUUUG